AUGGGUAUAGUCCCGCACUAUGUUUUCCCUCCCGCGGGAUACCUCAAGAAUCUAUGUGUCCAAGCCCCCACCAGUGUCAAGAUUGGGGUCGUUGGGUUUGGAGCCAUGUCGGCUUUUCCUCUGGGCUGCUUCAUGGGCUUCAUGGGGUUUGUCACCCUUGGGUCCUUCAUCAUUGGAGGGAUUGGAUUUACCAUUGUUGAGGUAGGAUUCGCAAUUUUCAGCUUGGUUUCCCUGCUCCCAGCCUUGGGAGUCUCGCUGCUGGUUGCCUGCGGCGUCGGGUUGGUCAGCAUGGUCGCCUAUGUCGGGUACCUCAUUUCCUGUGCAGUCCUGAGUAUGAUCUGA